ACUUUAAUUAUUCAGUCAUCGUCCACGUUUCAUAGAGAAUGGACUUCAAAGGCAAAGUCGUUUUAAUCACGGGUGCAAGCGGUGGCAUCGGAGCUUGUUGUGCUCUACAUUUCGCCAAACUAUCUGCCAAAUUGGCUUUAGUUGGACGCAAUGAGAAAAAACUUAAAGAAAUUAUCGACCGCUGCGAAAAUGAAAGCGGCGACAAACCGUUAAAAAUUAUUGCCGAUAUAAGCAUAGAUGAUGACAACAACCGCAUAAUCACAGAGACAAUAAAUUUCUUCGGAAAGAUCGAUGUACUGAUUAACAACGCAGGAAUGCUGCUCAUGGCCGGAUUAAUGGAUGAUAUUACGAAUUACGAUCGCAUAUCGGCGACGAAUAUUAGAGGUACAUACCUGUUAACCCAGCAAGCCGUACCACAUCUGAUUAAGACUAAAGGAAACAUAGUUAUCGUAUCAAGUAUACUGUCAAGCGUUCCCAUGCCGGCCUUGAUGCCUUACUGCAUGACUAAAGCCGCACUCGAUAUGUUUACGAAAUGCGUCGCGCUGGAAAUGGCACCUAAGGGAGUGAGAGUGAAUUCCGUGAAUCCGGGACCAGUUGCUACGAAUCUGUUCGUGGCGGCCGGUAUAAGUGACGAUCUGAAUAAAGGUUUAUAUGAGAGUAUGAAAGAAUCGAUACCCCUAAGGAAGAUAGCGACGGGUGAGGAUAUCGCAAAUAUGGUGGUUUUCCUAGCUAGUGAUAGUGCGAGUUGUAUAACCGGUAGUUUCCAUGUCAUGGACUGUGGCCUUCACCUUGGUGAUCCUAUUAUCCAUGUAUAAAUGCUUCAUGAAGCGAGUGAAAAAUUUAAAUUUUUUUCUUUUUUAUUUUAUGGGAAGCACCGCAUUUGCGACACGUCACAGGUAUAACACGAUCGUUUUAACAGAAGCCCGCGAAGUUUUCACUAAUAUGUAAAUAAAAUAUAACAGUAAACAUAGGGCGCUAGAAGUAGCAUACUAUAAUAACAUUUUAUUUUAUAGAGUGGUGUAUUAUUUGAUGUGAAUUCUGAGUAAAUUAUUUGUAAUUGAUGUAAGUAAUUAAAGUAUUAUCAAAAAUG